UAUAAAUGGAUAUUAAUAUUGGAGAAACACUCUUUAUCAUUAUAGGUGCUGCCAUUUCUAUUUCAGUCGGUGAAUUAGUAUCAUGGUUUCUUGUUUAUAGAAAUGAGGAUUAUAAGGACCUAGUAUCAAGAAUCGAGACUGCUGUUGCUAAAUAUAAUAAGGAAAAAGAAUCAUUUGUUAAGUAAUCCAUUAUCAUAUGCAUGUUACCAGAGAAACCAAUGCUAAAAAUUAAGAGAAGAGGCUGUCAUAAAUUGAAUCACAAAUUAAAGGAUUAAAUUAUGAAAUGACUUUUAAAAAGAUGAUCUCUAAUGCUGCAGUAGCUAUACUCUCUAUUGUUACGAUAAAUUCAAUUGGAAAUUAUUACUCAGGCAUCGUAGUGGCCAAAUUACCAUUUGAACCAUUCUGGAUUUUACAACAAAUCACUCAUAGAGGGUUAAAUGGUGAGGAUUUAACCGACUGUUCAUAUAUAUUCAUUUAUGUCCUAUCUGCACUCAUAUUUAAAUCUAACAUACAAAAAAUUUUUGGUAUAUAGUUCAUUUUAUCAUUCAUAGGUUUGGAAGGACCUAAAAUGCCAUUUGGUCCUGGUGGUCCUUAACCUAGUUUGUUCAAAUAGUGAAAUAAAUACAUUACAAUAAUAUUUAAUAAACUUUAUUAGGU